AUGGCGCAGGUGAGAUUAGUCUCUUCUUUCAGGAUGACAUCCGUGAACACUUUUCAGGUCCAGCAAGUAGCUCCCGCCCUGAACGGAAUUCCGGAGAAAAACGGCAACGGUUUGAGUCUGGCAGAGUCGACGACCGAAAUGGCUCACCUCGAGAGCGGUGGUUCUGUUCUGCUUCACGGAACUCCGACCAAGGAUCUGAACGGCGCGUCGACCUCAAUGGAAAGCGACGAUCUCCAACUUUCUCCCGGUGAUCUGCGGCGCCGAAGCACUCGAGCCAGUGCUUUGAAGGCUCAGGAGAAGAUAAAACUGAAGGACGACGUCGUUCAGGGACCCCAGAAGAGAUUGGGUGAUCCGGAACCGAUGGAAACUGAGGAGAAUGCUGACCAAGACGGUGAGCAGCUGGCGCCGAAAAAGAGAAGAUUGGAGGACGGACGGGAAUUCGACCAGACUUGUUUCCGUUUUGGACUUCGGACCAAUGACGAUGGAGAGGUGUACGCAAUGACCGACGAAAGUGAAAACUCGUCGAUUCACGAGAGCGAGAUGGAGAUUGUGAGGUAUCAUUACGAAAAGAUGAAGAACCGAGAACCGGACGAUGAACAACUACGAGAACGGCUCAAAAUGAGAAGAGAAGCGGAGAAUGCGUUACGAGAAGAGGAGGGCAAAUUGCUCAUGUUACGGAAGAUGAAGGAUAGCCAGAAUAGGGCUAUCACAAAGGUGAGCUAUCACAAUUUUAAACCUACAAAAUUACUUACUGAUCAUUUCAGUUGGCUGCUGACACAAAAGCUGCUGAUUUGGCCGAGGCUGCUGCUGCCGCUGCCAACGCCUACAAACCAGUUGUGGCGAAUCCAGCGAAUGGAAAGGCCACAACAAACGGAAAGACCCUUGCUGCUAUCGCUGCAGCUCACAAGCAAACGAUGGCCUCAUUGGCCAGUAUACCCCUCCAACAACAGAUGGAUCUUCUGCAGAAGCUCUCUACGCAGUCGCCGGCUACCAAACAAGCCUACCUGAUGGCUAAGAAGAACCCGACACAGGUCACUCAGAUCCUGGCCCAACUCAUUGCCCUCAACAAUGUAAAUACACAACUGGCGAAGCAGAAAGACGAAUCUUCGUCGGCAACGGCGAACGUCGCUCAGCAACAAGCCCAGAUCACUCAGUCGAAGUUGCUCCAGCAGCAGACGCCGUCGCAACGGAUACAGGCGGCCAGAUUAGCAUUCCGAGCACAAGCGGACAAGCAGCUCAUGACCAUCCCGACCCAGAAGGCACAGCCACACGAAAUCGCAUUCCUUCCGAAUCCGAAUGCAUCGUCUUUCUUGGCACUCCAUGGAUUGGAUCUUGUUGUGCAGCACGUGCUCAAAGACAAAUCCCACGAAAAGUGAGUUUAUUUUAGCACCUCAAACCAAUUUACUCCAAUUUUCUUCCAGGCCGUAUGAUGGUCCGUCGUAUGAAUGCGAAGAGUGCAAGACUGACUGUGCUCACACGUGGAAGGCCAUCGGCAGCACCCCAGAUGAGCUCCAUCUUUACUGCGAAAACUGUGUCCGUUCGGCUCAAAAACGAAAGAAUCGAGCAGAUCAGACAAGUCUGCUCAAGAGAGCUUUCCAAAAGAUCAGUGCCCAAGAAAAAGUAUUCGUUUUUUUGUUGGUAAUCUUCUAAAUGGUUGUUUUAGGAGUUCGAGAAAAAAAUUGCCGAAGGUCAAUUAGAGCAAGGGUUCGCUGAUGUGAAGUCAACUCCAACGCUUCCAAUGACACGUAAGAGAAAUCAGAUGAUGUUGUUCUACGGAACAAUUCAUUUGCAGCGACAGUUGCCACAUCAUCAACCGCUACAGUAUCCUCAACUCCGCUUGGUCCUCGGUUACCAAACAUGCCGUCCUCGUCGGGAACCAGCACACCAACCGUCGCCAUAAAGACUUCCACGCCGGUAAGCUAACGAAAAUGCGUUCUUCCAUUUUAUCUGAAUAUCUCAGUUAUCCUCGACUCCGUCAAAGUCUUCAAAUUCGAAUGCGAAGAAGGCGGCGGCUGCCCAACAGCAGCAAUUGUUGGCCAUGCAGCAGUUGAUAAGCAAUCCGGUGCUGAUGAGAAAUUCAGCAAUGAUGCAGCAAAUGGUAAGUGCGCGUUCCCAUUGUUAGUCGUCUCAUCUCCCCCAAGACUCAGAUGUUCUCCAUGGCUGCUCAGCAAGCUGCUCGCAACAUGCCUAAUAUGAAUAAUAUGAACAACAUGAACAACAUGGCACUUCUGAUGCAGGCCCAGGUGGUGGCUCAGGCUGCUCAAGCCCAGGCCCAGGCCCAAGCACAAGCUCAAGCACAAGCUCAAGCACAAGCGCAAGCACAGGCUCAGGCAAAGGUUCGAAAAAGAAGACGUCGAGUUUAUUAUUGAAUGUCUUUUGCAGAGUGCUCGGGAAUCAGCUCAACAGCAACAAAGCAAACUCAAUCAACAGAUGAUGCUCGGUAUUGCAUUAACCAUUCAUUUUCCGUUGGUAUUUUGUUAUUUGCAGCUCUUCUGGCUCAUGCGUCUCAAGCCAACCAACAACAAGGAGGUAUUUCUCAGCAGCUUCUCCAGCAGAUUCAGCAGCUGAACCCACAGCAGCAGAAGCAGUUAAUGGAACAAUUCGUGAACAAAGCGAGCAACACUAAAAAGUAA